UUAUUAGUUUGACUUUUGGUGUGAUAAGAGAUUGACGUAAUCGAAAAACAUUGUGAAUGAAAACAUAUAGAAUCAAGUUAAAAUUGGUAUGAAAAGUGGGAAUUUAUUAAUAAAGUGUUACGAGAGAAGUGUAUGCGAAUCACAGGCCUUGUUAUUUUUAUAUAUGGUUCAUUGAGAGUUUCAACGUUCCAUAUACAAACAAAAGAAUACCAAUUCUUACCUUCAAAUUGUAUCGCAAAGAAUUUGAAUCAGACGAAUGUUCUACUGCUCGAAUCAGACAAAUAUAUAACAUUUUGAUUAUACAUAUGCCGCAAAACGUAUGCAGAAAUAUUUUGGUGAUGAAAUUUGAUUUACCAUUCUAAUUUUAAUAAUAUAUUGAAAAAAGUGUAUCAAAACGAAACUUCAAAUAUUAGUUCACUGUGUCAGUGUUUUUUGUAGUGUUAUUGUUGUUGGUGUCUAUGAAAAUUAUUGGCACAGUUAACAUUCAACCAUCUAAAUUAAAAUCUAUUUGUUAGAUAUAAGAGUGACUUUUGAACAACUAUCAUAUAAAAAAAGGAAAGAAAAAAAAAAAAACAAUAGCAAAGAAACUGACUUUGACUAAGUCGCAAAAUUUAUACAAAUAAGUAUUUUUAACUUGACAAUUGCAAAGCACGUUCAUUUAUUGCCACCGGAAAAAUAGAGUGAAAACAUUUUAUUUAUCAUAUUCUCAAGAAACAAACGAAUAAAAAAAAGAUGCCCCAAUUCGAGGGCGGUUAUGUGUCCUUAAGUAAUGGACCGAAUUCUGUUUACAAUUCGACAACAGAACCAACUGGGCCAGUUACAGUGCUCGAAACAGUUAAGCGUGUUAUUGGCAGUGCUAUUGGGAAUUCCAAUUUGCAAGAUGAAAUACAAACUCCGCCACGGGGCGGACGAGCAAUUAUAAUAAAUAAACGAGAUCGUGAGCGUGUCAUAGGAAAAGCACAAAAUACAAAGAUGCCAUCAGCACCAACACAUACUGCCGAAGAGGCACGACUUCUUGGCAAUAUGCCAGUUGAUCCGAUGGACGAUAUAGAGUUGCGUUCGGUUCAGUUGCAAUUCUCAAAUGGAAGUGGUUCAUUGGUAGGAAGUUGCGAUAUACAACGUGUGAUUACUGAUAAAGGAGAGGUUUUAGUGGCCGUCCAAGGCGAUAUUUCGAAACCGGCCAUUUUAACUUACCAUGAUUUGGGAUUAAACUAUGCAACAAGUUUUGCUGGAUUUUUCAACUAUCCUACGAUGCGAACAUUAUUAGACAAUUUUUGUGUGUAUCAUGUUACCGCUCCGGGGCAAGAAGAGGGUGCGCCCAGCCUACCUGAAGAUUACGUAUACCCAACAAUGGAUGAUUUGGCUGCCCAACUAUUAUUUGUUAUGUCGCAUUUUGGUCUAAAAUUGAUAAUAGGCUUUGGUGUUGGAGCUGGCGCAAAUAUUUUGGCACGAUUUGCACUGAACCACAGUGAUAAAGUUGGUGCAUUGUGCCUUAUUAAUUGUAGUUCAACGACAGCUGGUUGGAUGGAAUGGGGCUAUCAAAGUUUCAAUGCACGGUAAUUAUUAAUACGAAUU